AUGGUCACGCCACCAACGACGGCGACAACGAACGCCGAGACGAUCACACGUGCUUCUGUCGACCCAGUGAAGCGCAUCAACCAAGCGAUCGAGGCUCUGGACUGGGAUGGCGCGCAGGCCGCCCUUGACGUCAUCGAUAACGACGGCUUCCGGGUGUGCUCUGCGACCGAGGCCGACUGGGAGCGCUACGUCGAGUCGGAAGACCAAGCGAUGAAGUCGCGCCACUUUGAGUUUAGAGACGACUCGAUUUAUCUCAUCGAGAUGAGCGGUGGUCUUCACGCUAGCAUUGCAGGUGGUAUCGACGUCGCGAUGCUAGAGGCCACGAGACCGGAGGCCACGGGGACGGACUAUCGAGUCCUCGAGGCUUGCCGCGACGCAUACGUCGACACGACCCUUGAACCAGCGGCCAGCAAGCUGCCCAAGCUAUCGCCCGACUGCAGCUUCGGUCCCGCGAUGGAGACUGACGCCAUCUUUCCCGACUGGCCCGACGACCUUCGCUGGAACGAGUUCCAUACGCUCAAGGUCGAGGUCGGCAUCAACGAAGGCUGGCGAAGCAUGAACCGCAAGGUCGCCCAGUACUGCACCUUUCCGGGCAUUCGCUACGUGCUCUGCGUCUUUGUCUCGCCUGCCAUGGAAGUGCGCCAGUACAAGCUCGUCUCGAUCACUAACAACGAGCUUGAAGGACCAGAUCCAGCCCUCGUCGAGCCGAUCCCGAUCACAGUCGACACGCCCGUGCGAAUGGAUGCUCGUCGGCUCUUGGCACUGCCGGACGACACGGCCCUUCCCGGGCGCUUUCCCGCCGAGGUGGUUCUUGAGUUGAACCCGAUCCUACGAGGCGCGUGGGUCGAGUGUCGGAGCCGUCACAACCGCAACCCGCCUCCGUUCUAG